AUGGCCAGCUGCAUCGUGCGCCAGCCCCUGCUCGCGGGGUGCAGAGCCACGGCCGGGCCCCGCAGCAGCGGUCGCCGCAUGCAGCCUGUGCGCGCUACAGCAGCGCCGCAGCAGCAGCGCGCGCGGCCCGAAUACGUCCCUAACCGUAUCGACGAUCCAGACUAUGUGCGCAUCUUUGACACCACCCUUCGUGACGGCGAGCAGAGCCCGGGGGCCACCCUCACAAGCAAGGAGAAGCUUGAGAUUGCCAAGAAGCUCAGCCAGCUCGGCGUGGACAUCAUCGAGGCCGGCUUCCCCAUAGCUUCCCCCGACGACUUUGAGGCGGUACGGGCCAUUGCCAUGGACGUGGGCAAUGCGGUACAUGAUGACGGCUACGUGCCAGUCAUCUGCGGCCUGUCUCGCACCCGGGAGAAGGACCUGGAGACGGCUUGGGAGGCCGUGCGCCACGCCAAGCUGCCACGCGUGCACACCUUCAUCGCCACCUCAGAGAUCCACAUGAAGUACAAGCUGCGCAUGAGCCCCGACCAGGUGAUCGAGAACGCGGUCAAUGCGGUCAAGCACCUGCGCUCGCUGGGCUGCUCCGACAUCGAGUUCUCGCCAGAGGACGCGGGCCGCUCCGAGCCGGCCUUCCUGUAUGAGAUUCUGGCGGAGGUGAUCAAGGCGGGGGCCACCACCCUCAACAUCCCCGACACCACCGGCUGGACGCUGCCGCACGAGUUCCAGUCUCUCAUUUCCAAGAUCAAGGCAAACACACCUGGCGCCGAGGGCGUCAUCAUCUCCACCCACUGCCAGAACGACCUGGGCCUCUCCACAGCCAACUCGCUGGCGGGCGCCAUGGGCGGCGCGCGGCAGAUUGAGUGCACGAUCAACGGCAUCGGCGAGCGGGCGGGCAACGCGUCCCUGGAGGAAGUGGUGAUGGCCAUCGCGCUCCGAGGCAAGGACCAGAUGGGCGGCCUGUGGACGGGGGCCCGCCCCGCCAUUGUGGGGGCAAACGCGUUUGCCCACGAGAGCGGGAUCCACCAGGACGGCAUGCUGAAGAACAGGGACACGUACGAGAUCAUGAGCCCCGAGACCAUCGGCCUGCAGCGGGUGGAUGCCGCCGGCAUCGUGCUGGGCAAGCACUCGGGCAGGAACGCGCUCAACACGCGCCUGGGCCAGCUGGGCUUCCAGCUGCCCGAGGACCAGCUGAACGACGUGUUCCGGAGGUUCAAGAAUUUGGCAGACCGCAAGAAGAACAUCAGCGACGAGGAUGUGCUGGCGCUGGUGAACGACGAGGUGCACCAGCCCACGGUGGUGUGGGUGCUGGAGGGGCUGCAGGUGGUGUGCGGCUCCAUGGGCCUGCCCACCGCCACAGCCAUCGACAGCCUGGUGCGGGUGCAGGCGGAGCUUGUGGACUACUCUGUGAACAGCGUGACGGAGGGCAUCGAGGCUCUGGCCAACACUCGCGUCGUCAUCCGCCCCGCGGGCAAGCAGGCGGACGAGGGGUACGUGGCCUCCUACAAGGGCGGCCGCACGCAGCGAUCCUUCUCCGGCUCCGGCGCCGACGAGGACAUCGUGGUCAGCAGCGCGCGCGCCUACGUCAGCGCCCUCAACAAGAUGAUUGGCUUCAUCAGCGCCAAGGCCGCGGCCAACGGCGCCACCUCAGCGGCAGAGGCCAGCCAGGACGGCGCGGCGGAGGAGGCGGUGGCGGCCUGA